UUUCCUCUCUCAUCGUUUAAUUUAAAAAAAAAAUUCUCUCUUGUGUCUGCGAUUGAGAAGAUCGGCUCCAGGGGGUUCCGGCUGUCAUGCCGUAUUGAUCGGGGGCUUUGGGAAGUUAUGUUCGGGCUGGAUCAAUUCAGCAGGUCCGGUGGCCAAGGAGGGGAGAGAAACUUCGGUCAGGUCGCCCUGGGUAUGUCGGGUAUGUCGGGCCACUAUAAAAGCCCAAGCUUCCCCGGCGGGAGCGGCAGUGCCAUGGAGGAGCAAGCUAUCAACCCCCUGGCAGAGCCCCCAAUGCUGGGGAUGGGCAUGAGCCCGGCUCUGGGCGGCGAGCAGUAUGCCUUCCAUCCCCGGGGGCACUCGGAGCUGCACGGGGCCGGGCCCCAGCCCCCGCCGGCCCACGGCUACUUCCCCAACGGCCACCACCACCACCCGCACCCGCACCCCCACCCGCACGCCCACCACCACUUCAGCGGCAGCUUCUGCGGAACCGACCCCGGCCCUUCCUGCCUCCACGGUGGACGUCUCCUGGGGACCCCCGGCUACAGCAGCAACCCCUUGAGCGGCCAGCAGCAAGCUUUUGGAGAAAGUUACGACCCGAUGGCCGAGAGUCAAGGAGGGGGAGGAGGAGGGGGAGGGGGAGGCGAAGCCUUUGCACAGCAGCAGCCACCCCCGGGGAGAUCAGGUAACCUCACGGACUACCACCAACACCACACACCGUCAUCGAACCACACACCUUGCCUCCCCCUGGACCAGUCUCCCAAUCGAGCUGCCUCUUUCCAUGGGCUUCCAUCCUCUUCCUCAUCCGAUGCACACGGACUAGAGCAGAGACGCCUGCAGAACCAGCCAGCAGUGGACUCAAUGGAAUACAACUACCAGAAUGACCCUCCCUCAGGGCCCUUUGACAUGCCAGUGUUUUCCCCCUCGGAGUCCAGCGCCCAGCUCCCUCACUAUGGCACCAGCAGACACGUGCCCAGCAGUAACUUCCCCACCAACCCGGCCAUGCCCAGGGCACCGGGCAUGGUGAACCUGGGCAAAGUCCACCCUCAGCAACAGCACGGCGUGUUUUACGAAAGGUUUGGGAAUGCUCGGAAGAUGUCGGUGGGCAUGGAGCCUGGGGUCGCUGCCAGGAAUCCUUUAAUGCAGCAACAGGCGGGUUUGCUGGCUCGACAAAACUCUUGCCCCCCAGCGAUACCUAGGCAACAACAAGCAGAGGCCGGGGCUCCUAACUCCAGUCUGCAGGACAAUGGGACAAUGCUGCAGAGUCAGCAUGCUCCUUUUGAAUACCCAAUUCAAAGAUUAGAGAACAGGAAUAUGCACCCUUACAGCGAGCCCAUGUUCAACAUUCAACAGCAGCCCAAUCAGAGACUACAGCAUUUUGAUGCUCCCUAUCUCAAUGUAGCAAAGCGGCCGAGGUUUGACUUUCCAAAUAACCACAAUGUGGACAGUUGUGCUACUUGGAGUAGCAACAGUAUGCACAAUGCAAGUUUGGAAAACCAUUUAUCACCCUCUGCGUACCCUGGCCUUCCCAAUGAGUUUUCACCACCUGGUCCGGAGGGUUUCCCCCCAGGUCCCCCUCUGCAGCAUCCGGGGACAGAUCAACAGUCCCUGCAACAGCGCCAAAACAUGCUGAUGAUGUUUAAGCAAAUGGUAUCAAGGAACCAGCGGCACAGAAUGAGGCAACCUGAUCUCCAGCACCUAGGGCACCAUGGAGAUGUCAACCAAAACAACAUAGUGCACAGCAACCAAGUGGGAAAUAUGUCGCAGCCAAACUUUGAGAGGGAAAGUGGUGGGAGAAUGCCCAGUUUUGAUCCUCAGAAUCCACAGAUAGGCCAAGAAAAUGCCUGGUUUCCUGGCCACCACCCACCAGGCGAUAUGCUUCAGAGGAGGAUGGGUGGAUCUGCCGUGCCACCUGAUGGGAGCCCCCAUGAAUCAGUCCAGAUGAACUUACAGCAGAAUGGGUCAAGUAUGCUGUUUAGGCCAAGUGGGAAUGGACUAGGUAUGCAAGAGCCACUGAGAAUGCCAGGUGAUGGACAUGUACAGGGUUUGCACUCUCCUGGGAUGCACUCUCAAUUUGGCAAUAAUAUGGGCAAUGUCACACAGAUGCAGUCUCCUAGUGGGGGCAUGGGCCUCCCCAACACUGCAACUGAUAGAAGACCCGGACCUGAUUUCCCAGGUCCCCAAAUGGGCGGACAACCGGGCUUUCCAUUUGGGGGACCAAACCGACCGGCAAACCCACACAACCCCCCCCCUGGAGUACCUCCGUCUCCUGGUAACUACCCACCCCAGUCUGAAUUUCAGCCCAACCAGCGUCCCUCAAUGAGUAAGAUAGGGUCGCUUUCACUGGGCUCCUUCAGCAAGCCUGGCUCAAAGGACAAUACCAUUUAUGGACAGAGCUGCCUGGCUGCCCUCUCUACGGCCUGUCAGAAUAUGAUCGCAAGCCUAGGGGCUCCAAACCUCAAUGUCACAUUUAACAAAAAGAACCAGAAUGAAGGAAAACGCAAACUGAGUCAAACUGAGCAGGACAACAGCAAUGGUGGGCCAAACAAUGGAGCUGGAGGUAGUGGUGGGAGUGUUGGUGGUGUCUCCUCUGGCAGCACUGGCAAUGGGCCAGAAUACUUCCAGAGCAACACUCCUCAAAAUAACCCAAUGGGGGUCCCUGGCAACGGGAGCGGCAAGCUGACCACAUCUGCAGCCCAGAACACCACUCAGGGGCCCAACCAGCCAUCCCAACCGGAAUGCAACCUCUCCCCAAACUAUGCCUUGGAGGCUAUCCCAAGUGAAAGCAAAGGACAGACGGGGAGAGGGAGAGGGAGGAGAAAAAGGGACAGUGGCCAUGUCAGCCCAGGGAAUUUUUUUGACAAAUAUUCGGCUGAGAAUGUGAAUCCCGGGGUCAGCCCAGGGCAACAGGGUCAGUCUACACAUGCUGGAGAUCGAGGUGGGACUCCGCACGAUAAAUCCCUCACCUCUCCAUCGUGGGCAAAAGGGAAUGACCUCCUACUCCCUGACCAACCUGACCUCAUGUCUUCCCUAGACAGUGGGAUUCAAAGUGUGACAAAAUCAGAUGGCAGCUCGCCUCAAGUUGACUUUUCGGACGAUGUCGGCAACAACUAUGGGAACGAAGACGAGGUGUCUUCAAGUUCAGACAACAACAUAUCCAAGCCCAGCCGGUUAGUGACCAGUUCUCCUAAACUGCAGCGAGCUGACCAUGGGCUGAUGAGCAGCCAGAAACCGAUGGGCCACGGCCUGCUCAAUGCACACCCUAACAGCAACACUACCUCCAACACGGGGCCUGUCACUGACAGCUUUGGGCUCAGCAGCACCGGCGGUGGGCACCCGGGCACGCCGGGCAUGGAGCAGGUUCGCACUCCAACCAGCACGUCGACACAGGAUGAGAUUCACCCGCUGGAGAUCCUACAAGCACAGAUUCAGCUACAGCGGCAACAGUUUAGCAUAUCUGAAGACCAGCCUCUUGCGAUGAAGAACAAAAAAGCUGAAUGCACCGGCCAGAACGGGGACACAGAGCUGGCCGCUUGUGGCACGGACAAUAGUAAAGCUGCCAUCAGCACUAUAGACAUUGAGUCAUUGAUGGCAGAGCAUAACUCUACCUGGUACAUGCCCAACGACAAGGCCAUGAUGGAUUCACAGGAUGAAGACAAGCAAAUGGCACCAUGGGAAAAGGCCAAGCCUGCAAGUACCAACAAAGAAGCCCACGAGCUUUCCCAGAACAAGGCUUCAUCAGUCCAGACUGGCAGCCAUUUGCAGUGCCUGUCAGUUCACUGCACAGACGACCUUACUGACUCUAAAGGCCGGAGCCCCAUGCAAACUUGGAGAUCUUUGCAUUCGGACAUCUCUAAUCGAUUUGGGACAUUCGUGGCUGCUUUGACCUGAACAGAGAUGAAUUUUCAUUUGAUUUCUUUCUUUUGUUGUUUUCUUCCUCUCGGCUGCUGCAGUGCGACAGACAGACAGAACAUCAAACAAAUAAAAAGUUAUAGUCACGAAAGGAUCCAGGCCUCUUGCUGGCACUUUGCCUCAGUACCUGCGACGCUGGCUGGUGGCCUGGAAAGGGUUAAUUCCAAGCCUGCGCCUUCCUGGCGUUUUGCUACAGUGGCUUGCCCAAUGCCAGGCCUGUUGGAUUACUCAAAAGCUACAGAGAACGAUCCUAAACUGAGCUGAACAAACUGUUUGUUAUUGGAAUUGUACAAUGCUCUCCUCACUGGAUCCCUUGCACUUAUAUCUGAUUUCUCCCCCAGCCCCUCCCGCACUCUCCGGGCACCAGCUUCCCAGGCAACAACCCCGCUGUCAAAAAGCAAGGCACUGUUGGCAAUAUUUUUUUCAGACCUGUUCACCAGGAAUCCAAAGUUUGUUAUGUGUAAACCUCAAUCAAAACUGACUCGAGUUGGGUUGUCACCUCAACCAAUAUCAGGUGGGGUGUAGGAGAGCAGCAGGUGAAGGGGUGGGAUUGUGGCUGGAAUUUGGAUGCUUUUCUUUCCGAUGUGAUCAUUUGUUGAUAACUUCAGUCACUGACGGCUCCACCUUGCGAGACACACAAGUAAACGUGGGUAAAUGAAAACUCAAGUGUUCUGAUGCCUGAUUCACAUUUCAUAAUUCCUGGACUAAAGAAAAAUGGACUGGUGGUUUGAAUCAAUCUAUUCCACCAAGCUGUAUACAGUUAGAGUGGUCCUGGGUCAACCAGAGCUCUUUAUGUUUGAAUUUCUGCAAAAAAACAAAAUGCAUUGAAAGAAAAACACACACACACACAAAACUUCACUCGUUUCCCGAAACCAAUGAAUGGCUGUGUUGUUUUUAAAACCACGUUUCUUUCACUUGGAAAUGUUUAAAAUGCCUCUGUUGAGGUAGCAAGGCAUGCAGGGCUUGUGAUGAGAACAUCAAAACAAAGUUUACAAGGCACAGCAAGAAUGAACAAUAAGGGUGGAAUUUACCCCAAGGUGGAUUCGGUUGUCCAUGUAUCAGUUGCACCUAACCCCUCCACUGUUGACCAUCAUAUUAAGGAUAUGGGGCAAAGACAGGCAUAUGGGGUUAGGGACAGGAGUAGUCCAUUUAGCAUCAUCGUUAUUUAAUGAGAUCAGGCCACAGAUCAGCACAUAUAAAGAAUUGGAGGAUCAUCAAUAGCAAUUGCAGUAUUGGGAGUAGGGAAGGGCCAUAACCCAUGCCAAAAAUAAAUUGAGGGACCAUGACCCUCUUAUCUGCCCCCUCAGCUAUUCAAUUUCCACAUUCCUUUACAUGUUCUUACAUUAGCAAGUGGUCUUUUUUCCAGUAGGGGUCCCAUAGUCAUCUCUGAUUUUUUUUGUUCACUGACUUU